AUGCGCAGAGUAGAGCCACGAAGUUUCGAGAAGGAGGGCGUCAAUCAAGAGGAGAAAGGUUAUAAAGGGGGACGGGAACUCGACGUAACUUCCAACCCUUCCCACAACGACCGCGUGUGCAGCACGUGGGGCAACUUCCACUACAAGACCUUCGAUGGAGCCAUCUACCACUUCCCUGGGCUCUGCAAUUACAUUUUUGCAUCCCACUGCAAAGCUGCCUAUGAGGAUUUCAACAUCCAGAUCAGGCGCACAAUGGUGGGCAAUACUCCAACAGUCAACCGUAUCAGCAUGAAGCUGGAAGGUGUAGCUCUCGAGCUAAGGAAGGACAUUGUCACCAUUGAUGGCAACAGAGUCCAGCUGCCCUACAGCCAGUCUGGAGUUACAAUAGAGAAAAGCACCAUUUAUGUGAAAAUUGCCAGCAAAAUGGGUAUCCUGUUGAUGUGGAAUGAAAAUGACAGCAUCCUGCUGGAACUGAGUGACAAAUACUCCAAUCACACCUGUGGACUUUGUGGGGACUUCAAUGGCUUUGCAGAUUACAAUGAGUUCUAUAAAGACAGUGUUGAGCUGACAGCUUUGCAGUUUGGGGACAUGCAGAAGAUGGAUGGGCCAACAGAACACUGUGAAGAAUACGCUCCUACCACGCCAGAAAACUGCCCCAAAGAUUUGGAUGACGUCUGCGAGAGAACCUUGACCAGCUCUGCCUUUGCAGAGUGUAACGACCUACUUGAUGUCGCAGACUACAUCACAGCUUGCCAGGCUGAUUUGUGCCUCUCAGAAGUGUCUAAAAACGCCUCGUGCAUCUGCAACACCAUCACCGAGUACGGCCGGCAGUGCGCUCAUGCUGGUGGAAAGCCUCUCAACUGGAGAACCUCAAAACUGUGCCCCGAGAAGUGUCCUUACAACAUGGAAUACCGGGAGUGUGGCUCCCCCUGUGCUGACACCUGCACCAAUUCUGAACGGUCCCAGGUUUGUGAAGAGCACUGCAUAGAUGGCUGCUUCUGCCCCCAAGGGACUGUAUUUGAUGACAUCAACAACUCUGGCUGCGUUCCCCGUGAGCAGUGCUCCUGUAUUUACAAUGGCAACACCUAUGCUACAGGGACUUCUUAUUCAGAACCCUGCCAGACCUGCACCUGCAUCGGAGGCCAGUGGAACUGCACAGACAAGUCAUGCCCAGGAAUAUGCUCCGUAGAGGGAGGUUCACACAUUUCCACCUUUGAUAAAAAAACUUAUGACCACCAUGGAGACUGCACAUAUGUCCUUUCCAAGCACUGCACAGACGACACCUUCACCGUCCUGGCAGAACUGCGCAAGUGUGGCAUGACGGACACCGAGACCUGCCUCAAGACAAUCACCCUCAACAUGAACAAAGGGCAAACUAUCAUUGAGGUCAGAUCUGAUGGUGGUGUGUUUGUGAACUCCAUCUACACGCAGCUGCCCUUCUCAGCAGCUAAUGUCAUCGUGUUCAGACCCUCAACGUUCUUCAUCGUCAUGCAGACAACCUCCGGUGUCCACCUGGAAAUCCAAAUCACACCCAUCAUGCAAGUGUUUGUGAGACUGGAUCCUGCUUUCAAAGGCCAGACCUGCGGUCUCUGUGGAAACUUCAACGGUGCCCAGACUGAUGACUUCCGGGCCAUCAGUGGAAUAAUCGAAGGAACAGCAGCGGCAUUUGCCAACACGUGGAAAACUCAGGCCUCAUGCCCUAACGUCCAGCGCAGCUUUGAGAACCCUUGUGCCCUCAGCAUUGAUAAUGAGAAAUAUGCUCAGCACUGGUGUGGGCUGCUCACUAACAACACAGGACCUUUUGCUGCCUGCCACUACGCAGUGAAUCCCUCCGUUCACUACACGAACUGCAUGUUUGACACCUGCAACUGUGAAAACAGUGAGGACUGCAUGUGUGCAGCCCUCUCCUCCUAUGUGAGAGCUUGUGCUGCAAAAGGCAUCCAGCUGCCCGGGUGGAGGACCCAUGUCUGCACGAAAUACACCACCUCAUGCCCCAAAUCCCUCAGCUACAGCUACACCAUCUCUUCCUGCCAACCCACCUGCCGCUCUCUGAGCGAGCCUGAUGUCACCUGCAGCGUCAAGUUUGUCCCAGUGGAUGGCUGCACCUGCACAGAUGGAACCUACAUGGAUGAGAGUGGCAAAUGUGUGCCUGCUAAGGAGUGCCCCUGCUACUACAGAGGAUCUCCACUGCCUCAUGGAGAGGUUAUCCGGGAAAAUGGACUCGCUUGCAAUUGCAACGAGGGAAAACUGAGUUGCACGGGAGCACCCAAUGUAGCUCCAGUCUGUGAAUCUCCCUUGGUCUACUUCGACUGUAGAAAUGCCACUGCAGGAAAAACUGGAGCAGGAUGUCAGAAAAGCUGCCAGACUCUGGAUAUGCAGUGUUAUAGCACACAAUGUGUAUCUGGCUGUGUGUGCCCCAAUGGGCUCGUGUUAGAUGGCAAUGGUGGUUGUAUUCCUGAAGAGCAAUGUCCUUGUAUUCACAAUGAAGCCACAUACCAGCCUGGGGAAAAGAUCAAUGUUGACUGUAACACCUGUGUCUGCAAGAAUAGGAAGUGGGAAUGCACCAAAAAUCAGUGUCUGGGCACUUGUGCUGUUUAUGGAGAUGGUCAUUAUAAGACCUUUGAUGACAAAAAGUUCAACUUCAAUGGAAACUGUGAAUACACACUGGUCCAGAGUCACUGUGGGAAGAGUGGAGUCACCAACGGUGACUUCAGGGUUAUCACCGAGAAUAUUCCCUGUGGCAACACUGGAACAACUUGCUCAAAAUCUAUCAAAGUUUUCUUGGAGAGCUACGAACUGAUCCUGGGUGAGGAGCGCGUCACUGUGGUAAAGAGAGGAGACAAUGAUGAGAUGCCAUACACAGUCCGUUACAUGGGCAUGUACCUGGUAAUUGAGACCACCAGUGGACUGGUCCUCAUGUGGGACAGGAAAACCAGCAUCUUCAUCAAGCUCAACCCCAGUUUCAAGGGCCAGGUCUGUGGUCUGUGCGGAAAUUAUGAUGGCAAUGGCAUCAAUGACCUCACUACAAGGAGUCAGUCUGUGGUGGAGAAUGUCCUAGAGUUUGGAAACAGCUGGAAAGUAUCUUCUACGUGUCCUGAUGCUCGCAGCAUAAAGGACCCCUGCUCUGCGAACCCCUACCGCAAGUCCUGGUCAGAGAGGCAGUGCAGCAUCAUCAACAGCAAAGUCUUUGCUGCCUGUCACUCUCAGGUUGAACCUGCAGAAUAUUACCAAGAAUGUGUGAAAGAUUCCUGUGCCUGUGACAGUGGAGGAGACUGUGAUUGCUUCUGCACAGCAGUGGCUGCCUAUGCUCAAGCGUGUAGUGAAGUUGGCGUCUGCGUGGCCUGGAGAACCCCAUCAAUCUGUCCACUCUUCUGUGAUUACUACAAUCAACAUGGAGAGUGUGAAUGGCACUAUAAGCCUUGUGGAGCCCCUUGUAUGAAGACCUGCAAGAACCCAAAAGGAACAUGCAGCAAUAACUUGCCAGGUUUAGAAGGCUGCUACCCCAACUGCCCACCAGACAGGCCCUAUUUUCAUGAAGAUAAGAUGAAGUGUGUUAGUCUCUGUGACUGCUAUGAUGACGAAGAUGGAAAGAUAUACAAACGGGAUGAAUGUCAAGUAUGUGAGUGUGCCUCAGAGGGUAUGCAGUGCAAGUUUGAUGAGAAAGCAUGCAACUGCAUUUAUGAAGAGAAGAGUUAUAAAUAUGGGGAGCUCAUCUACAACACCACAGAUGGGACAGGAUGGUGCUUGAGUGCCACGUGUGACACCAACGGCACGAUAAACAGAGAUGUGUCCAAAUGUGGCAUCGCCACGACAACCCCCUUUACAUUCACCACGACUCAGCCCACGACUGCCACUUCAGCGAUGACAACCACCACACCGGCGACGACUGUCUGCGUGAAGAACGUCUGCACCUGGUCCCAGUGGUACGACUCCAUGCAGCCUGGAGCCACAGCUGAUGGGGGAGAUGAUGAAACUUUUGAGAGGCUGAAAGCUGAAGGAUACAGCGUGUGUAAAAACCCAACUUCAGUGCAAUGCAGGGCCAGAGACUACCCUGAUGCAGACAUAAGUGCUCUGAACCAGAAGAUGACCACCAGCCUGGAGAGCACUACUGGCUGCCAGCCACGCUGUGCCUGGACACAGUGGUUCAACGUGGAUACCCCCAGACGUGGAAGCCAAAAUGGAGACGCGGAGACCUUUGAGAAAAUCCGAGCUGCUGGCUUCCCUCUCUGUGAAAGGCCAGAAGACAUCAAGUGCCGUGCUAAGGAUUACCCCACCAGCAGUCUGGAGGAGCUGGGACAGGUAGUUGAGUGCAGUGUUGACACUGGGCUGGUGUGCAAAAACAAGGAGCAGGUCAGGAAGUACCCUGUGUGCUUCGACUACGAGGUGCAGGUGCUGUGCUGUGACCGCACGCACUGCCACACCACAGCAGCGACUUACACCACAACUACUGCACCACCGACACCAGUGCCCAGCUCGGCCACCACCAUGACCACCAGCCUGGAGAGCACUACUGGCUGCCAGCCACGCUGUGCCUGGACACAGUGGUUCAACGUGGAUACCCCCAGACGUGGAAGCCAAAAUGGAGACGCGGAGACCUUUGAGAAAAUCCGAGCUGCUGGCUUCCCUCUCUGUGAAAGGCCAGAAGACAUCAAGUGCCGUGCUAAGGAUUACCCCACCAGCAGUCUGGAGGAGCUGGGACAGGUAGUUGAGUGCAGUGUUGACACUGGGCUGGUGUGCAAAAACAAGGAGCAGGUCAGGAAGUACCCUGUGUGCUUCGACUACGAGGUGCAGGUGCUGUGCUGUGACCGCACGCACUGCCACACCACAGCAGCGACUUACACCACAACUACUGCACCACCGACACCAGUGCCCAGCUCGGCCACCACCAUGACCACCAGCCUGGAGAGCACUACUGGCUGCCAGCCACGCUGUGCCUGGACACAGUGGUUCAACGUGGAUACCCCCAGACGUGGAAGCCAAAAUGGAGACGCGGAGACCUUUGAGAAAAUCCGAGCUGCUGGCUUCCCUCUCUGUGAAAGGCCAGAAGACAUCAAGUGCCGUGCUAAGGAUUACCCCACCAGCAGUCUGGAGGAGCUGGGACAGGUAGUUGAGUGCAGUGUUGACACUGGGCUGGUGUGCAAAAACAAGGAGCAGGUCAGGAAGUACCCUGUGUGCUUCGACUACGAGGUGCAGGUGCUGUGCUGUGACCGCACGCACUGCCACACCACAGCAGCUACUUACACCACAACUACUGCACCACCGACACCAGUGCCCAGCUCGGCCACCACCAUGACCACCAGCCUGGAAAGCACUACUGGCUGCCAGCCACGCUGUGCCUGGACACAGUGGUUCAACGUGGAUACCCCCAGACGUGGAAGCCAAAAUGGAGACGCGGAGACCUUUGAGAAAAUCCGAGCUGCUGGCUUCCCUCUCUGUGAAAGGCCAGAAGACAUCAAGUGCCGUGCUAAGGAUUACCCCACCAGCAGUCUGGAGGAGCUGGGACAGGUAGUUGAGUGCAGUGUUGACACUGGGCUGGUGUGCAAAAACAAGGAGCAGGUCAGGAAGUACCCUGUGUGCUUCGACUACGAGGUGCAGGUGCUGUGCUGUGACCGCACGCACUGCCACACCACAGCAGCGACUUACACCACAACUACUGCACCACCGGCAACGACCUCAGCCAGCAGUACAACCACCACCACAACCACAACGCCAGUGCCCAGCUCGGCCACCACCAUGACCACCAGCCUGGAGAGCACUACUGGCUGCCAGCCACGCUGUGCCUGGACACAGUGGUUCAACGUGGAUACCCCCAGACGUGGAAGCCAAAAUGGAGACGCGGAGACCUUUGAGAAAAUCCGAGCUGCUGGCUUCCCUCUCUGUGAAAGGCCAGAAGACAUCAAGUGCCGUGCUAAGGAUUACCCCACCAGCAGUCUGGAGGAGCUGGGACAGGUAGUUGAGUGCAGUGUUGACACUGGGCUGGUGUGCAAAAACAAGGAGCAGGUCAGGAAGUACCCUGUGUGCUUCGACUACGAGGUGCAGGUGCUGUGCUGUGACCGCACGCACUGCCACACCACAGCAGCUACCUCUGCCACCACCGCCACCUCCACUACCAAACCUGCAGGAGCCCACACCAUAGCAACCCAAACUCAAGCACCCACAGCUGCUCCUGGACGAAUGCCUGACACCUGUGUGAUCAACGGCACAGUGUACCUGGCUGGAAUGUCAACAGAAACCAAUUCAUGUCAGAAGUGCACCUGCAGUUCUGAGAAAGAUCCAGCCACUGGGGAAAACAAAGUGAAGUGUGAAGCCCAGCAGUGUGAAACGUCUUGCCAGCCGGGCUAUCAAUACAUGGUUGAGGAUGGAGAGUGCUGCGGAAAGUGCGUUGAAGUAGCCUGCAGGAUCAAGCUGGCUAACGACACCAUCCAUGUGCUCAAGGUGGAUGAGAUCCUGAAGCUGGAUAACUGCAGCCACUACAAAUGUGAAAAGAUUGAAGAUCAAUUUGUUCCAGUCCAAUCUAAACGAGCCUGCCCUGCCUACGAGCCAGGAGAGUGUGAUCCUAUCCUCCUCUUUACUUCUGCACAGAAUGAAACAGAGACAACUCCUGAUGGCUGCUGCAGUGUAUGCAAACGCUUGAUGUGA